CUAUUCCUGUCUUUCUCUCCUCUUUUAUUCUUUCUCUCUUUCCGUGUCCAUUUUCUAAAGUUCCUACUUUCUUCUGUGUGUUAAUGUUAAAGGUCUGAUUCUUUGCUGCUUUCAUUUUGCUUACUCUUUCCGAAAAUUUUACCUGAUUUUUGUCUGAAUCGACUGUUUCUAAGAGGGUGCAUCCAUAAUCUCUUUACCUGAAUCAUCCACAGUUGGACAGUGAUUUUGUUAAAUAUUGGUGUUCUGCUGAAAGACAUACAUUUUCCUGAAGAAUUUGAUGGAAGAAAAGCAACUGGAUUUUAAUCAGCCGUUUCUAUCUGUGAGGCGGUUCUCAUCAACUGUGACUACCUCAAAAGUUGAUGAUAAAAGCAAAACAGCUAACACAGUUCCCAAAACACCCCCUCUUCCUGCUUACAAAUCAGAGUUGAUAUCAGGUCCAAUCAGUAACCCAGGAACUGUUCCUUUUGUGUGGGAGAAAACGCCAGGAAGGCCCAAGAAUGAAAGCAAAUCACAAACUGGAGCUCUUGAGCGACCUCCCAUUGCCCCAAAGCUUCCACCUGGAAGGAUAUUGAAUGUUAAACAGCAGCCUCUGGACAAAGCUUGUGAAGGCACAAACAGUAAAUGGUCCCAGACAGGAAAUGCUCAAACCACUUCAAAAAGUGUUCCACCUGCUGACAAGAAUGCAAUUAAACGUGAGAGUUCUAAAGGGUGGAUGGAAGAGACAGAAAGCUCUACUACAGAGGAUGGUGAUGAGGCUUUUGUGGAUGCACUUGAUACACUUUCCCGCACUGAAUCAUUCUUCUUAAACUGUAGUGUAAGUGGUGUGAGCGGGUUGGAUGAUGCACAAUUGAAACCUACAGGAACAUUCUCAACAGAUCCACAGACUCGGGAUUUCAUGAUGGGUCGAUUUUUGCCUGCAGCAAAGGCAAUUGCUUCAGAAGCACCACACCAUACUACUAGAAAGCAACCUAUUGUGUGGGAGCAGCAGCCUAGACAGAUAAAGAAGGUUGCCAAUAUCAAUAAGCAACAACCUCCUAAACAAUAUAGUUCAAACAAUGUAUAUUUUCACUCUCAACACGAAAGGUGGGAAGAAAAUUAUGAUGAAGAUGAUUAUGAUGUACAUGAAAGCUCAUCGGCUGUAGUUUGUGGUUUACUUCCUCGAUUUUGCUUGAAAAGUUCCUUUUGCCUUAUGAAUCCAGUGCCUGGGAUGAGGCUGCAGGAGCGGGAACCACUUUCUUUGGGCCAUCACAGAGCACAGGCCACUUCUCGUAGUGGGGCUGAGCAUGAGAAGGUAAGACUAGUGGUACGUGAAAAGAGUUCCUCCGUUGGAUCUUUAAGCGCAGAGACACAAGAUAAUAAACUUGACCUGAAAAAUAAAGCCAGCCAAAUAGCUUCUGGAGGUGAAGGUCACAAAUUAGAUGGAUCAUCUCUGUGCAGGCGUUUUCAGGGUAAUGUUUUACCUCCUAACCAGAAUGUGAACUGCCAGUCUACCCUCAGUAAUGAAAAAAAGUUUCUUGAGGUUCCUGAAAGUGCUAACUACUUGAAACUGAAUGAUUCUGAUCCACGGAGAAAUGGCACCAAGAAUUUCCGCGAACUAUUGACCAAUGAGAGCACUAAUCGGGAAUCAGGAUUAACAAGUCCUGUUGAGAAAACUUUGUAUGUAGAUUCUGUACAUAAGGUGAAAUCUCCAAGUUCAAAUUCCAGUUCUUCAGAUUCAACGAGGCUAAGUGAUGGCAGAGGAGAUGAUUUAAAUGCUCUUGUAAAAAGUAUGGAAAUGGAUGAAGCAGCUUCUAUAGAUUCAUCACUUCAUGAUGUCAAGCAGUUGAAUGUCGUGGAUGAAAAGGGAACAUUGGAACCUAAUGUUAUGGAGUUUAUUCAUUCCAAAAAUCUAUCUUCUCCUCACACAGCUGCCCAGGGUAUGCAAAUUGAUGUUAAAAAUGGUUCUGCAGAGGAUCAAGCUCUCACUAACAAUUUGAUUAAACUGACAAGCACAAAAGUAGCUGGCAGUGAGAAAUAUGAUCAGGCUCUACAAAAUGAACUGCAAGGGAAAUUAAGCCAACAUUCUCGUGGUGUUGUCCAGGAUUCUAUUUCAUCAAUUAGAUCAAAAAUGGGUGAUGAAAGAAAAUUUGACACCCAAAAGCAACCAUUAACUACCAAGGAAGUAUCUGAAGGCCUCUUUUUACAACUUCCUCUUCCCCUGCCUCCACCAACAUCGCCAUCAGACUCUUGGCUGAAGCGUACUUUGCCUACUGUUUCUGCUGGGAAAUCAUCUACUUGGUCUUCUUUCGGUACACUAAAUUUUACAAGAGUUCAGGGUUCCAAGUCUCCCUCUGGUGAUCCCAGGUGGGAAACUAUUGUCAAAACCUCUAAUGUACAUCAUGGGCAUUUGCGUUUCUCUGAGGAACUACUUCCUGCUAUACCAGAAGUAUAGAGCAAUAGAAGCCUUAAGCCCAUGGACUCUGUAUAUGCUUGGUUGUGACGUCCAUAAUUUUAAUGGCGAAGAAGGUCUCAAAAUAUUUUCUCAUGUCCUUGAAAUGUCUUCUCUUCCGAGACACUCCUUCCUAUAGUUAGUACAGACUACAAAGCGGGCACUGUAAAAUCUACUUGCCCAAUAAUAUCCUGUAAUAAUAAAUUGCAGUUAGUCAAAAUCAUGUAAAUCUCUUAAAUCAUUGAACUUAAGUUUGUUGUGCUUUGUAUAUCUGAUACUUUUUUUCUUAUAAAAGGGAAAAAUUACAGCUGUA